UCAGUUCAUUUUAGAUACAUAUUCGUGUGUCAAAUAUGUCAUUGAAUACAUAGGGAAAAGUCAAAGAGUAUAUCUAAGCUUAUGAAAGACAUAGUGGAUAGCUUAAAAUCAUCAUCGGAUAUGUCUGUGAAAACACAGUUAAGGAAAAUUGCGUCUUCAUUUUCCGGAAGUCAAGAAAUAUCUGCUCAAGAAGCGGUCUACACUUGUUUAGGAAUUAAACAAUCAUGUACAUCUACUGGCCACGUAUUUAUUAAUACAAAUCAUUCGGAUAAAAGAACUCGCAUCGUUAAACCUAUUGCUCUUCGGGGUCUAAUGAAACCUGAAUCUACUGACAUAUUUUGUGAUGGCCUAAUAGAAUAUUAUUCAUGUAGACCACUUUAUUAUGAAAAUUUAACUCUAGCUGAAUUUGCAGCUGACUUUGAAAUUAAAAAUAAACAAAAAUCAUCUAAAAAGUUGUAUAAUUCUGAAUCUGAUGAUACAAUAGACGUUGAAUCAAAUGAUGAUGUAUUUUAUGAAAAUAAUGUUCUAAUUGGGAAACUCAACAAGUUUAUGCACAAGCGUAAGAUUCGAAAAAUUAUUCGCUACGUAAGAUUUAGUAUUGAUAAAAGUCCUGCCGACUUUUAUAGGGAAAGAGUUAUGCUGUUUUUUCCUUGGAGAAAUGAAUACACUGAUAUAGAAAAUAUAAAUUGUCAAGAAGUAUAUGAAAAAAAUAUUGAACAAAUACAGCAAAUGUAUUAUCAGUUCAAUAAAAUUGAAGAAGAAGAUUUAGAAGAGAAUGUAAAUAACGUUGAAAAGCAACAAGAUAUUAAUGAGACUGAAUUACCAGAUGAUUGGGUUCCACAUGAUGAAAUAAUGUUGGUUGUAGGGGAUUUUAAUGACAAUGACGAUGCUGGUAAUUCAGAUAAAAAUAAUGAAAUUAAUGGAAUGUUUAACGUACAUAAAAUUGAUAACGAACAAUUUAUAAACCUAGUGAAAUGUAUGAAUGAAGGUCAACGCAUGAUUCUCUACCAUGUUACUAAUGUACUUAGACAGCAAAUAUGGGGAUCAGGUGCACCUAGUAUUUUAUGUUAUGUAACUGGCCCAGCUGGGGCUGGUAAAUCUGUACUUAUACGGACUUUAGCUCAAUCAACAAUUAGAAUAGCUAAUCUGAGGCCAGAUAUAGAUGAUUUGUCACUUACUCCUGUGUUACUCACAGCGCCUACAGGCAAAGCAGCAUACGGAAUAAGAGGUUUAACACUUCAUGCUGCAUUUAAAUUACCAAUUAAUCAAUUUUCUGGGAUAUUACCAAAACUUGGUGCUGACAUAUCAAAUACUUUACGGUGUCAACUGGCUAAUGUCAAACUACUCAUAAUUGAUGAAAUUUCUAUGGUUGGCUUAAAGACUCUUGGUUACAUUGAUCAACGACUUAGACAUAUUCUACGUAUUGACAAACCAUUUGGUGAUAUAAAUGUGAUUGUUUUUGGUGACUUUUACCAAUUAACCCCAGUUCUAUCCACACCACUGUACGAAUAUUUUGAUCAAAUAGUUGCUAAAUAUCCAACUGCGAUAGAAUUAAUAUCGACGAAAGCGACAUGGGAAACUUUUCAAUUUUAUGAAUUAACUGAAAUUAUGAGGCAGAGAGAUGAUAAAGAAUUUUCUGAAGUAUUAACUAAAUUAGCAAGAGGAGGACUAACUAAAAAAGAUAUAGCCUUUUUUAUGAAACUCGUAAAACCGUUGGAAAUUAGUUUUCAACCUGGAGUUAUGCAUUUAUAGGCAACAAAUAAAGAGGUAGACGAUAUGAAUACGAGAGUAUUAAAUAGUUUAAAUACUACUAGUUUUGUAUCUGAAACAA